AUGACUGGUGUUAAAAAAAUUCUACCGACUUCGGAUUUUUGGCGAUAUUUAAAUUUAUUUUUCCCGAAAAGACAAAAAAGGUUUGAAUCUAUUAUCUAAUCUAUAAAGUUAUCAGAUUUUAACGAAGUGUGGUUUACCAGGUUAGUCUUUGUGUUUUAAUGUAGAUACAGUCUGAGAAAAUGAACAAGCAAACCUACCGUGAAUUUGUGUGAGAAUAUAAACAAGCAAACCUACUGUGAAUUUGUGUGAGAAUAUUAACAAGCAAACCUUUCCAUGAUAAGUGUGAUAAAAUGAACAAGCAAACAUUUCCAUGAUAAGUGUGAGAAAAUAAACAAGCAAAACUUUCCAUGAUAAGUGUGAGAAAAUGAACAAGCAAACCUUUCCAUGAUAAGUGUGAGAAAAUGAACACGCAAACCUUUCCAUGAUAAGUGUGAGAAUAUGAACAAGCAAACCUACCGUGAAUUUGUGUGAGAAUAUGAACAAGCAAACCUAACGUGGAUUUGUGUGAGAAUAUGAACAAGCAAACCUACCGUGGAUUCGUGUGAGAAAAUGAGCAAGCAAACCUACCGUGAAUUUGUGUGAGAAUAUGAACAAGCAAACCUUUCCAUGAUAAGUGUGAGAAAAUGAACAAGCAAACCUACCGUGGAUUCGUGUGAGAAAAUGAACAAGCAAACCUACCGUGGAUUAGUGUGAGAAUACGAACAAGCAAACAUUUCCAUGAUAAGUGUGAGAAAAUGAACAAGCAAACCUACCGUGAAUUUGUGUGAGAAAAUGAACAAGCAAACCUACCGUGGAUUUGUGUGAGAAUAUAAACAAAUAAAACUAUCCUAGAUAAGUUUCAGAUUAUGUACUCGCAAAACUACAGUGGAUAAGUGUGUGAUUAUGUACUGGCAAACCUACCGUGGAUAAGUGUGAGAUUAUGUAAUGGCAAACCUACCGUGGAUAUGUGUGAGAUUAUGUACUGGCAAACCUACUGUGGAUAAGUGUGUGAUUAUGUUCUGGCAAACCUACCGUGGAUUAGUGUGUGAUUAUGUACUGGCAAACCUCUCGUGGAUAAAUGUGAGAUUAUGCACUCGCAAACCUCUCGUGGAUAAGUGUGUGAUUAUGUACUGGCAAACCUACCGUGGAUAAGUGUGAGAUUAUGUAAUGGCAAACCUACCGUGGAUAAGUGUGAGAUUAUGUACUGGCAAACCUACCGUGGAUAAGUGUGUGAUUAUGUACUGGCAAACCUACAGUGGAUUAGUGUGUGAUUAUGUACUGGCAAACCUACCGUGGAUUAGUGUGAUAUUAUGUAAUCGCAAACCUACAGUGGAUAAAUGUGUGAUUAUGUACUGGCAAACCUACCGUGGAUAAGUGUGUGAUUAUGUACUGGCAAACCUACCCUGGAUAAGUGUGUGAUUAUGUACUGGCAAACCUACCGUGGAUAAGUGUGAGGCUGUGCACACGCAAACCCACGUUAUGAACUCGCAAAUCUAUCAUCAAUAAGCGGAGAGAAUGUACUUAAAAAACUAUCAUGGAUAAGUGUUAGAUUUUGUACUCGCAAACCUACUGUGGAUUAAUAUGAGGAUGUGAUCACAAACCUCUCGUGGAUAAGUGUGAGAUUAUGCCCUCGCAAACCUACCGUGGAUAAGUGUGAGAUAAUGUACUCGCAAACAUACAGUGGAUAAGAGUGAGAUUAUGCACUCGCAAACCUAACGUGGAUAAGUGUGAGAUUAUGCGCUAGCAAACCUACCGUGGAUAAGUGUAAGAUAAUGUACUCGCAAAACUACCGUGGAUAAGUGUGAGAUUAUGCAUUCGCAAACCUAUCGUGGAUAAGUGUGAGAUUAUGUACUCGCAAACAUACAAUGGAUAGGUGUGAGAUAACGUACUCGCAAACCUACCAUGGAUAAGUGUGGGAAAUGUAAUCGCAAACAUACAGUGGAUAAGUGUGAGAUUAUGUACUCCCAGAUCAACCAUGGUUAAGUGUGAGAUUGUGUACUCUCAAACCUACCUGAGGAUGUUUGAGAGUCGUCCAGAGCUAAUACAAAUAUUUGGAGCUUUUGACGGUCAGGAGUUACCGUUAUUACAACAUUCAGGGUUACUACACGAUCACGCAUCACGUGUCAUGGCAACAGUGGAUGCUGUUGUAACUCAACUUGAAGACAGGCAUACACUUGCAGUGACUCUAAGGGAUGUAGGCCAUAUUCAUCGGAAAUACAAUGUGCCUAAUGACCUCAUUCCGACAAUACUUCCGCAUUUCCUCGUGGCAAUCAAGCCUCAAAUUGAUGCCACGUGGUCAGAUGAAGUCAGUGAAUCGUGGACGGCGCUGUUUGACAUUCUCAUAUAUUACAUGACAGAAGGAGAGCUGACUCAGCGCGCGCCAAAAAACUCUGGACACAGUGUUUGUCAGAACGCGGAUAAGCAUGAGCACAAUGGCAAUGGAAGUCGACAUAAAUCAUAGCAAGUGCUAACAUUAGAUUCUGUCGAUACAUUUGUAUAUUGUCAUUCCAUGUUGAUCUAAAAGAAAUU